AUGUUGAGGCUCUCGCGUACGAGAAAGCCGUUUCUCAGGGAGAUGUGGGAGGUGAAGCUGGGGCCAGUAGGCACCAGCAACAUGCGAGCAGUGACAGCGGGCUCUGAAGCUUCCCGGCUGAAUGCGUUUGGCCCAGUGUCAUCAGUUCAGGCAUCUGCGUGCACGAAGUACGAUCAGUUGCCGCUUGCCCCGCUGCUGCUCAGCCAGAUCUGGGAGGUGACAUCCGACCUUGACGCAAGCAGCUACAGGCCUUGGGAUCAGCACGGGCAAGAGACGGUGAGCAGUGGCACGCGUCAUCGGCUGCAGCGUCGAGACCAGCACGUGCUAUGA